GAGUAUAUGUUGACCGUUGGUCCUAACUGGCAGGUAACAGUCAGCAAUCACUGGCAGGUGUGUCCGUGUGCGCGCUCCCGGAACCAUUUAAUAAUUAUCCUUGGUUCCGGGGGGAAGACUUUCAGCGACGUACUGCACCGGGAUAUCUUCAAAGGUAGCGGUAUUAGUUCUGAGGAAAAUACAACAUUCACGUCCUUUAAAGCAUGGCCGAAACCACGGAAACCCAGCAGAGCAACGAGGAGAUGUUUGCCAACAGAUUCACAUCAGAUGACAGAGAGUACCAGCAGUAUCUGAGCCGUCCAGCUGACCUGCCUCCCAUCGUGGAGGACUGGAGGAGCCGCGGGGGGGGAAACCACAGGGGCGGCAGGGACAGGUACCAGGACCGUCGAGGUCGUGGAGGAGGAGGAGGAGGAGGCCGAGGUGGAGGUGGAGGUGGAUGGGGAGGAGACCGAGGCUGGAGAGGGGACAAUCGUGGGCAGCAGGACAGAGACAGAGACAGGCACUCUGGGCAUGGCAGCGGGUAUCAAUCCGGCCCUCCAAGCUCCAACCAGGGAUACAACUCCUAUAAUCAGAGACCACAUUAUGACCGCUACUGAUCUGGAAUCUCUCAGGUGUUUUCAGUAUUCAUUGUCUUUCAACUUGCAUUGCAAUCCAUGUGGCAAUGUGCAACUGUUGAUUUGUUUGUGUGAAUCUCAUUGCAACAUUCUAGGUAUGAUUAAUAUACCAAUAUGAACAUUAUACUGACUGUCAUUGUAAUUGUGCAUAACUUUUUUUUAUAUUGUCGGAGAAUUAUUUCUGAAAUGUGACUGCAUACAAAGACAGAUCCUGUUUGACACCCACUUACCAUUUCCAUACAUAAAAAUCAUAAUUUCCCCCCCAUACUGCUUCUUUUUGCUCAGCCCUGUAAUCUCAUUAAAUGUUCUUCUUACAUUUGUAGGAUGGAUAAUAAGUGCAUACAGUUUUCAAUACAUGAACUCUCAUUGAAAAUGACAGUGAAAGUUUUAUUUUUUAGUAAAUCAAUUCACAAAAUAACUUCCUUAUUUAACAAAGAAAAAGUUUUUUGUUCAGAUACUUUUGUAGCUACGUCUUUACGUGCUUUGAUAUCAGAUUGUUACAAAUUAUACAGUACAGUAUUGUUGCAAACAGUGAACCACAAAUUCAAGAGGAAGUAUGUUUGCAAUGCAGCUUUAUUUUUCUGUGUCACAUUAUAUAAGACAACUGAUGAACUUAACUGUUUUCAAUAAACAUGUAUUUUCUUAA